AUGAGAUCUCCCCUUCUUAUUGUUUCUGCACUUUCUGGGCUGUCAUCCGCUGCGUCGUUCGAAAACACGGCACCUUUGUUGAUAAGUUCAAGCGCACUGGCUUCAAGAGAAGUCUCUUUCAGAGAUAUCGAAACCAUACAAAAAACGUCUGAGAAGGUAAAACAGAUAACAGACUCAAUUUGUUUAAAUUCCCCUGAACAAAGCAUCACAUACGUUAGAUUCCAUGGUCUAGAUGAAUCCGAUAUCACUCAAGAGUUCGUCGAGCAGUACUCUUUGAGCACUGUGUCCGAUCAUGUGGUCUACAGAACAGUUGAAGAUGCAGUUGACAACAUUAUGGGUGAAGAAUGCUCUGGUGCCAUUAUUGCUUCCCAAUCAGACGAUAGUUGGGUUGAAGUUAUGAAGGACGUAAAUUUUCAAGUAAAGGUCUUUGAGAUAUACAAAGACAGCGCAAAGGAUGACUUGAAAAAAAUACUUCAGUUUUCUGACGACUCAAAAGUAAUUAUUCAAGGCUUGCCUACAUUUGUCAAUCCUUCAGACGCUGUACUGAACCAAGCAUCUUUAAAACUCAACCACUCGCUCAACAGAAAGAAGAUCAAUAACAACAGCAAAAGAGAAGAUAUUGACUACGAAGAAGUCGAGAGGGAAUUACAAGAGUCAUUCGAGGAAGUUAACGAGCUUUUGGAAGAUCAACUUGCUGAAAUUUAUGAAAAGUCAGACAUCAACGCUUAUACCUCUGGAUCACAAACCAAUACCAAGAAGCAUAUAGUGGUUGAUGGCUCACUAUUUGAUAAGUAUGGCUUCUUUUCAACAGGCAUUUGGAUGGGUACGAUCGUGCUAUUAUUUUUGGCAUGGUUGCUAAGCAUUGCAUUAGGAUGGUUGAAUAGUAUGCAAAUCAGCUAUGGCGCUUUUGAAAAGCCAUUUGACUUCGAAAAGAAAUUACAAUAG